UUGACCGGCUGGCCGCGACGCCCGCGCUGCGCGCCCAGAUCGAGUCGCUCUUCCCAUCCCGCUACAGCCCCCGGGCGGCGCGCAGGAUAUACAUGGUCGUCGGGGUCAAGGUCUUCCACGGCGGCGCGGUGUCGAGGACCGAGCGCGGCACGGGGUCCAGCCACGAGCUGGCGGCUUCUGUCGAGGGUGCGCUGCUACCCGUGGGUCUUCCCGUCGGCGGGGCCGUCGGGGCCGGCAUGCACCGGACGACAGAGCGGAGCACCGUCUAUGAGGCCACCCUCGAAGGGGACCGUGUCUUUGCCGUAGAGUACAGGAUCGUGUCGAGGAAGCUGCUCCGUCGGUAUCGGGGCGGGUCCGGGUUGAGGCUCGGGAACAUCCAGUACACGGACUAUGGUCAGGGGACAAUGCGCCCUGAGAGCGACGGCUCCGACAGCGAGGAGUCUGCAGAUGACGAUGACGAUGAGGGUGAGGGUGAGGAGGAGGGUGAUGUGCUGCCAUUAAUGACCAGUACGAAGGAUGGAGAUGUCUUGUUCCUUGCGUGAAGGGCAAGUUCAGAAGGGAUGUGCAGUUAUGAUGAAGCCAAAGCCAAGAACGGAUAUCCAAUCAUGUAGAGUUGUCAGCAGAUCCAUGCGGCUGCCCGCGGCGAGUGCAUCCUUGAAACUAAUAUUUGAGUAUACACAGGCAAGACAUCGGCCUUGAUGUGGUUGCAUCAUUCACGAGCCAUUGUUCGGCCAGUGUUGAAAAUCCUUAGAUUCGGUGUAAAGCAACAGCAGCCGAGGAAAUUAUGGCUUGUUUCCACGGACUACAGCGGGUUCAAUACAAGAACGUCC